AUGCAACAGGUUUGGCUCUCAGACCUUCACCUGCAAGCGUUCCACACCCAACGACGUCGUGAAGCCAUCACCUUCCGACCUGAGGGUUACACUAGCCCCUUGUCUUUUCUCGAGGUCCUGGAGCACGCCAAGUUCCUGGGCUUUGCCGGCCCCAGAGACAAGCUCUACGCUUUUUUGAGCUUUCCGUGCUCUAGCAAAAUGCUUCCAACAAUACUCCCCAACUACGAGGUGGGCCAUCAACAGCUUUACCGUGAUUUCGCUUGCGGCCACUUGAGGACGAGCGGGGAUUUAGAUCUUCUGCAUUUUGUCCACAAUGACGAGAGAACCCUCGAGGACAACGUGCCGUCUUGGGUGCCACGCUGGGAUAGGCAUCUCUAUUCGAGCUAUACCGGUACGCUCAACAACUACAGCAGGUUCACUCGCCGAAUUGUUUCGCCAUUUUGCCCUUCGAGCGUCACCGUGGGGUCGGACCAGACGACUGUGAAAGUUCGAGCGGUCAUGGUAGACACUGCCAAGUUCGCGGCUCAAGGUUUUGACAAGAGUUGCACGACGCCCAGCGAUGUUGCUUCGUUCUGGGCAUCUUUGUCGACCAAGUUAGAGCCGUCGCCUUACCCCUGCUCUCCCCUUCUCGCCUUUAUCACUUUGUUUCGCUGUGGAGUGUACCGGGGACGACUAGCGGAGUGGGAGAUGCGCACGUCGGCCUAUAUGCGACUCCUGCAACGCGAGUUGGCCCAGGCAGACGCCCCAUAUGCCGAUGCCAUCCUCUUCCACGAAAUGGGCAUGGAGAACGUGCACCACAAGAAAUUCAUUGUGUCAGGUCGUGAGUAUUACGGUCUAGCGCCUCGGACUGCGUGA